UUAGCAACAAUAUAAAAGGUCUAAUAUCGGCUACGAAAUUAACAUUUGGCAUCAGUUUACAUCGUAAACCACCGGACUCCUAAAACGCUGCUAUCUUUUCAUGACAAAAUGCAUUCCUAUGCCAAAUGCAAAUUAUUAUAUGCUAAUGCAAAUCUUUUAGGUAACUAAAGUUGAUCCCCCCUCGUACAAAAAAAGAAAAAUUUACAUGCAAGCCUUCUGGGGACAAGGAUUUCAUUGGGGACAUAUUGUUCUGCUACAUUAAUUCCGCCGAAUCGCACAAUUUCCUCAAAACAUGGCCAACGACGAGGAAGAAAGCUCUUCAAAGAUCGUAUGGACACUCAAGAGAGAGAGAAGCAAUGAAUUGAAGUCAUGAGAAUGGUUUUUAAAAUCUCAUGACUCAGCUCUCUUUUUCUGCCACUAAACAAUGGCGAUGACAGAUUCCCAAUCAUCAUUUCCCUUCCAAAGGAAACACCCAUCAUUGCCUUCCCCACAAUGAUGCUUUCAGCUUAGAAACUAGAGCUCUCCGCCUCCCUCACUCCCUCCCCUCCUCUCCCUUCUUUAAAUUCUCCUUCCACCCCAAUCCCCUGCUCACCAAAGCCUUCGUCUUUAUUUGCUUUGUUCUAUGAAGCCUUCUUCGAGCUCCGUCAAUGGGUUCUACUCCUUACUGGCGCAUGGACUCGACGACCUCGAGCGCUGCUUCUCGGCUCAGCAGUUCAUGUCGCUACAGUUCCUGCAGCGUGCCAUGGCGCUGCUCCGCUCGCUGCACUCUCACCUAACCCAUCUCGUCCAUAAGCUCCACCUCCCCUGCGGCGACAAAUGGCUUGACGAAUACAUGGACGAAAGCUCCCGCCUUUGGGAAGCUUCACUCGUCCUCAAGCUCGGACUCUCCAGCAUGGAGUCCUAUUGUGCUGCUGCAUCCAGCAUCAUCUCAUCCCUCGACAACUGGCUUCUCUCCCCUUCUCCACACCUCACCCGCCAGGUGAUGCGGGCGAUGUCAAGCUCUAGGAGGGAGGCCGCCGGAUUAGAGGAAGAAAAUCGUGUGCUUGUGGAGAACAGAGUGCGCCCGUUGGCUCUCCAACUAAACGAGAGGGUUCUUUCGUUGGAAUCCAAGCUCCACGGCUUCAACGGAUUCAGAGGAGUUCUCUACGCCAUGAGGAACGUGAGCUCCUUCAUCCUCAUCAUUCUUCUUUGGGGCUCUGUUUCCUACUGGUCGGACCCGAGCUCCGGUUACCGCUGCACGCCAGUCGAAAGCACGCAUUUUUACGGCUCCGGGUUCAUGGUUUCUUUGGGGAGGCUGCAGCAGCGGUUGCUAGGUGCAAUGGAGGGAAUGGAUGACCGAACCGGGAUUCUGAUGCACGAGCUCCGGCAGUGGAGGGCGGCGACAGAGGAGCUCUGGGAGGAGAUGGAGAGGGCUGGAGGUUUGAUGAACUGUUGUGUUCUGGAUGGAGUGGCAGGCAGGCCAAAUUGGGAGAGAGUGGAGAGGCUCAAGGAUUCCUUUCGGUUGCUGACGUGCGGAACAGAGAACCUUGUGAAUCAGCUAGAUGACUUAUUCGAUGAGAUUGCUGAAGGGAGGAAGAAGCUCUUGGAUCUGUGCAGCCACAGAUAGAGAUUUCGGAAGAGAACUUGAUACGUUGGUGGUGAAACAGAUCAAAGCUCCCGACUUUAGAGAUUAUCAUGCAUAGGUUUACUAAAUGAAGAAUUCUGUAGCCUCAAUUUGCGUUGAAUAAAAAUUGCUUUUUGAUUACAAAGGUGGAGAGAUGAGAUGUGCACUGUGCCCUGCUAUUAUUAUAUUGUUGCAGUAGGAUGGGUUGGCAUGAAAGGGAUAGGAAGCAGCGGUCCGCUCUCUUUGGUGCAAGAACCUUCUGGGAGUAGAUGGUAAAGUAGGCUUUUGUUUGUCUCAGGAAAGACAAAAUCGAAGCUUUUUUUUUUUGUUUCUCUUUUUUAGAAUUGGUGA